AUGGAUAAGUUUUCGUACCCGGAAUACUACGACUUUCCCCCGUUCUUCACGCUUCAACCCGUGCGUGCCACGCGAGAGAAGCAGCUCGUGUUAUGGCAGCAACUUAUCCUCGAGUACCAUCGCGCGCACGACCUUCCGCUCUUCCAGCCGCUGGCCUCGACGCUGUUUGAGAAUGUGAAAAUCUCGAGGAACAUGGCGCAAGACGGACGCAUGGCUGUGGUGGAGCAUCUGAUCCGCUGUGGACACGGACGUUGGGAGGACGACACCAAGACGCGUUGUCGCAUCAUGUGGAAGAAGCCCGCCGAGUGGGCGGCCGAGAUAUACGACUUUGCCAAGGAACAUGGCAUGCUGGGCAAUGUGUUUACGGUCUACGAGCUGUACGCGGGGGAGGAAACGCUUGGCACAAAUAUUCACGGGAUGGAGCCCUGGCUACUGCGUGAGGCGCUCCGAGUGCUGGAAGGAGAAGGAAAGGCCGCGGUGAUCGCUGGGGAAACGUGCGAGGAGGACGGUGUCAAAUUCCUUGCUACAGAGUAG